AUGGUGACGUGGUCGGUGCUGCGCGCGAGCUUAGCGCAGGCCGGGCCUUCCGCACUGCUCCCGCGCCGCGGCUCAUGUGGGCACCCCGCAAAGCCUCCAAGAGGCUACGGCCGCACUCCGAGCCCGGUGCCGAACACACUCACAGCAGAAGACCGUUCUCCUGAAGCCAGCUUUACCCUGAACCCCGAGGACAGAAGAGAAUACCCUGACCUCCAGGCUGCCCACCGGCCAUUCCCUAAACAGAGAUUCAGGCAGGAAAAUGGGCAUACGUCAUUGCAAAGAGAUGGACCCAGAUCUUUCCUCUUGGAUCUCCCAAACUUCCCUGACUUGUCAAAAGCAGAUAUCAAUGGUCAGAAUCCCAACAUUCAGGUUACCAUUGAAGUGGUUGAUGGCCCUGACACGGAGCCAGAAAAGGAUCUGCAGAAGGAGAGCAGCAAACCUAACUGGCCAGUCCCAUCACCUGACUGGAGAACCUGGUGGCAGAGGUCCUCCACCUUGACACGCAUGAGUAGCGGGGACCAGGACUACAAGUAUGACAGCACUACUGAAGACAGUAACUUCCUCAGUCCUCUUGGUGGGUGGGAUAGUCAUGCACCCAGUCACCGGACAUUCGAGUCCAAGGAACAGCCAGAGUAUGAUUACAUGGAUGGCGAGGGAGACUGGAGCCCGUGGUCCUUCUGCAGCGUCACCUGUGGCAGCGGCAGCCAGAAGCGGACGCGCUCCUGUGGCUACGCGUGCACCGCCACCGAGUCCCGCACCUGCGACCGGCCCAACUGCCCAGGGAUUGAAGAUACCUUCAGGACGGCUGCCACGGAAGUGAGCUUACUCGCAGGAAGUGAAGAUUUCAACGCUACUAAACUCUUUGAAGUUGAUACUGAUAGCUGUGAAAGAUGGAUGAGCUGCAAAAGUGAGUUCUUGAAGAAAUACAUGCACAAAGUGGUCAAUGAUCUUCCCAGCUGCCCAUGUGCCUACCCCAGAGAAGUUGCAUACAGCACUGCUGAAAUCUAUGAUCGAGUUAAGCGGAAAAACUUUCGCUGGAAAGAUGCAAGUGGUCCAAAGGAGAAACUGGAGAUCUAUAAGCCCACUGCACGAUACUGCAUCCGCUCCAUGCUGUCUUUGGAAAGCACCACGCUUGCGGCGCAGCACUGCUGCUACGAUGAUAACAUGCAGCUGAUCACCAGAGGGAAAGGGGCAGGUACGCCCAACCUGAUCAGCAUUGAGUUCUCAGCAGAGCUCCAUUACAAAGUGGACAUUCUGCCAUGGAUUAUAUGCAAAGGGGACUGGAGCCGGUACAACGAAGCUCGGCCUCCCAACAACGGGCAGAAGUGUACAGAAAAUCCUUCAGAUGAAGACUACUACAAGCAAUUUCAAGAAGCAAGGGAAUACUGAGAAGAUUUUCCUCCUCUUCAAACAAAAAAAGGCAUUCAUUUUUGGGUGCUAAAGAACUGCUAAUGGCUGCUGCAUUAUCUCCUCAAUAGGGGUUAUCAGUUUCUUUCUAAUGAAUGUAUAUAGUUGUAAUAUAAUACAUAAAUAUUUUUCAUAGUGUGUGUAAUUUAUAUACAUAUCUCUCUAUUUCAUACACACCUAUUUUUACACACAGACAUACCUAAAACUUGUCCUAGUAGGACUUUAUAAUUCACUAAUAUUUGUUUAAUAAUGUG